UUAUUAAAUUCCAAUUAUCAAUUCUACAUUGAUGUACGAAUCAAUAAUUUAAAGAAACGUUACCUAGGGGAAUUUUAAAAAUGUUAAUUUAAUAACUGAAAUGAAAAUUAUUAGCACUUAUUUAAAAUUUCUUCAAAACACUUUAUUCGCACACAUAUUUAAAGUCCUGACUCUUGAGCCUUUAACAGUUCAAAAUAGUAGUAAUUUAUCCUAUUCUUCACGCAUUGUUGCGCAUUCAGAAGUUUCUUUUUCUUCUUUAUUUAGUAAGGUUUCUUCUUUUUUAAAGAAAAUGAAGAAGAAAAUGUCAUGGAAGCUUUCAUAGAUCAAGUGAACGACCAUUAUAGUACGAGCGAGAUGGAACCUACCCAACUCUUCGUCUGUUUGUCUCGUAUUUUUACUUUUUAUGCUAUGGUACAUAAGUUUCGAAAGUUUAUUAUUUAUUAAUGAAUUUGUUUUAUUCUAAGGCCUAAAUAAAGUUGUUUGGUUACAGAAUCGAAAUGGAUAGCAGUAAUCCGCCUAUGUAUCCCAUGCCCACUGCAAAGUUUGAACGUAAUGAGAACAACGCACAAGGGCCGCCAACGUUUGCAACAUUUCCAAACCAAACGGCUGCAUUGUUGGGCCCAGAGAACACAGUGACGGUGUGUCAGUUCUGCCAUGCCUCCAUCAGGACUGCUGUGAAAUACACAGUCACCGCGCGUACACACAUCGCCGCCGCUCUAUGGGGCAUGAUAUGUUGCCUCUGCUGCGUUCCGUACGCUGCCGACUCGGCUAAGAAUUCCGACCACUAUUGUCCUAACUGCCAGCGGUACCUUGGCACCUAUAGAAAAUAAACAACUACAUUAAUGAGAAGCGAUGCAUUUACAUAUUUUUGGUUAUUUCAGAUUUUUAUACGUCACAGUUUGUAUUUAAACUAAAACUUAGUUUAAGGUAUCAGUUAAGAACAGUGAGAUGCAUUUAAAAAGAUCAUUGUGAUAGUAAUGUGUCAUUAGGUAGGUAUAUUAUCUUCCUUAAUAAAAUAAUCUAAUAAAAUUGUAAAACAUAAUAUCGUCGUUGCGACUUUAAGACCUCCCAUGUGUAAAAUUCUUCAAUGCGAGAUAUUCAAUAAAAACUGUCUACUGAAAAAAAUAUAAGGAAACUAAAUAUAACAAAAAAUACAAGAGGGUUUUAUGAUUUUUAUUUUGCUCUU